CCUGCUGUGUUCAUCCAGCUCUACACCUUGUUAUCUCAGAUUCUCCAGCAUCUGCAGUUCCUACUAUGUCUGAAACAAGCUUUCAUGGUUACUUCUUUUUCCUCAUCCUUCAAACAAUCAGAUAUAUUCUGCUUAGUUUUACAAACUGCCUUUUUUUUGUAUUGUGUCUCACUCCAGUUUUUUUGUUUUGUUUUUUAAUUUAAUGAAUUAGCAUGUUUUGGAAAGGAGGGAACUGAAACUGGUGUCGCGUCAGGACCUGAAUAUCAUUGAGUUUUAAAAUGGAAGGAAAAAGCAUCGUUUACAGUGGGGAGAAACCAUACAGUUGUGCUGUGUGUGGGCGAGGCUUCAGCCAUUCAUCUGGACUGUCGAGACAUAAGCUCAGUCACACUGGGGGAAAACCAUGGAAAUGUAGAGACUGUGGCAAGGCAUUUGCAUCCCCCUCUGACCUGGAAAGGCAUCGGCGCAGUCACACAGGGGAGAGGCCAUUUUCCUGCUCGGUGUGUGGGAAGGGAUUCAAUCAGUUGUCCAACUUGUUGCAACACAAGCGAGUUCACACUGGGGAGAGACCUUUUAAAUGCCUAGACUGUGGGAAGUGCUUUAAAAGUCCUGGGGAACUGAUGUCCCAUCAACGUGUUCACACUGACGAGAGACCGUUCAGAUGCUCUCACUGUGACACUCAGUUCAAGUACUCAUCUGACCUCACUGUCCACCAGCGAGUUCACACUGGGGAGAAACCGUUCACCUGCUCAGAGUGUGGGAAGGCAUUCUCUCAGUUAUAUAACCUAUUGACACACCAGCGCGUUCACAGUGACGACAGACCUUUUAAGUGUUCAGACUGCGGUAAGUGCUUUAAAUGUUCAGGGAACCUGAUAACACAUCAACGUGUUCACAGUGAUGAGCGACCUUUUAAAUGUCCUGACUGUGGAAAGUGCUUUAAAAGCACUGGAGAACUGAUGUCCCAUCAACGUGCUCACACUGAUGAGCGACCAUUCAGAUGCACACACUGUGGAACUGGGUUCAAGAAAUCAUAUAACCUCACUGUACACCAGCGACUUCACACGGGGGAGAGGCCAUUCACUUGCUCAGAGUGUGGGAAAGGAUUUACUCAGUUAUACAACCUGCAGACACACCAGCGAGUUCACACAGGAGCACGACCAUUCACCUGCCCUGAGUGUGCGAAGGGAUUUACUCAGUCAGCCCACCUGAUGCUGCCAGACGUUUUGUCACCAUGUGAAGUUAAAUCAUCAGUAUAGCCUCCGAUGAACCGAUGUUAUUCUAUUUUGCUUGGAAUUUAUACUGUCUGGUCUGUUAUGGUGAGUACUGUCAUUUCCGGUUUUGAUCUGUACAUUAUGGUGAGUACUGUCAUUUCCGGUUUUGAUCUGUAUGGUACAGACCAGACAGUAUAAAUUCCAUGCGUCCUCCAAGGCAGACUUCGAGAUACACAACAAUGCAGGAAUGCUGAGCAGAGACUGAUAGCCAAGUUCCAUACCAAUGAAGACGGCCUCAACUGUGAUUUUGGGUUCAUGGCGUGCUACUUCUGACCCCACCACAUUAUUCUGUAUUUGUAAAAUCUUCCCUACCGUCCUGUUUUGACACCAUCACCUUGAUAAAUUGUUAUGAUCUCUCAACCUUAA